AUGGAAGACAACAAUGAACAAGUCAGCCUCACAGAUGUCGUGGUGGCUCAGCCCACCGUGGCAGAGCAGAAUGAGCUUAUUGCGCAGCUGAUGCAGCAAAUAGCUGACAUGAGGAAUAAGAGCAGCAGCAAGAAUAUUGAAGGCGAGAAGAAGAACGAAGAACAGCACCAGGAGAAGAAGGAAGGAGGAAAGAAUGAACAGAAAAAUCGAGAUGUGGUUUUGAAAGUGGAGUUUCAUUGCCAAGGUUGCGUCCGUAAGAUUCUCAAAACCGUUCGAAGCUUUGAAGGCGUGGAGAAGGUGACCUGUGAUAGCGAAGCCAAUAAGGUGACGGCAAUAGGAGAAGUGGAUGCAUUGAAGCUAAAGGAGAAGGUGGAGCGAAAGAUGAACAGGCCUGUACAACUUAUCUCUCCUUUACCAAAGGAUUGUAAGAAAGAGAAGAAGCAGAAUGAAAAUGACUCAAACAGUAGCAAAGGAGACGACAAGAAAGCCAAAGAGAAAGAGCCUCCGGUAACCACUGUGGAACUGAAAUUGCAUCUACAUUGCGAAGGAUGCAUCCAGAAGAUUCAAAAAACAAUAACUAAAAACAAAGGUUACAAGGAGAUGAAAAUUGAUCACGAAAAGGAGUUGAUGACAGUGACAGGUUCAAUGGACAUGAAGGAACUGGUAGAGGCACUGAAGAAGCAGCUGAAGAAAGAUGUCCAAAUUGUCCCGUCAAAGAAGGAAGGAGGAGAGAAGAAAGAAGGCGGAGGCGGAGGUGGAGGUGGAGGGAAGGGAAACGAAAAAGGGAAGGAUGGGCAAGGCGGCGGUGGCGAGAAGAGGGAGCAGUAUGAGUACCCGGAGCUGGAUGCAACUGCAAUUCAUGCUACUCAGCUUUUCAGUGAUGAAAAUGCUAAUGCUUGCAGUAUUAUGUGACAGUUUUAGAAAAAAAUGUGGAUGAAAAUUGUAAAUAACAAAAUAGGAAGUUUGGAUAUCAUUAUUGUUGAAUUGGCUUAAUUAUGAAACACUUCCAUACCCUUUUUGCUA